CGUCGUUUUCGACGUCGAGACCUGGAUCGGUGAAACGGGCGAGCCGGAUGGGGAAUAGCGCGAACCCUAAGCCUGAUUAGGAAACAACUAAACAUGUCAACAAACGAGACCGCUUUGCCCACCUCACCACAACACUAACUUCAGCAUCGACAAUUCGCAAUCGCUAUCAUGGCCGAGCCAAUGUCAACCCUCUCCCCGGAGAAGCUUAAUGCUGCUUCCAGCUCUAUCCCUAAUGACGACAUCGAUAUGACCUGGCACGACCCUCCGUCCUCGCCCUUUAUAUCGCAUAUCGACCACGAAGACCAGGAGAACGUCGCUCCUACCGUUACCUUCGUCGCUACACCUGCCAAGGUAUCGAUUGGUUUCGACGAAAAUAUCCCUCAGUCGGCGUUUAAGGUCUCGCCGGAAAAGAAGUCUGGACUGAAGGAGCGAACGAGCCCUGUAAAAUUGUCGCCUUCGAAGAAGUUGAUGGACGAGUCUGAAGAUGGGUCAUUGAGAGUGAGCAAUGGAAGCCAUGCGAGCCCAAAGAAGGGCUCUCCGAUCAAGCAGCCUGCUGCAAUGGAGCGACCCGAAUCCUCCAUGAGCAAUCGCUCGCGCAAUCGCUCGCCCUCAAAGUCGUCUCGCAACGCUUCUGUCGAGUCGGCUCAGCGCGUUCCGGCCUCACACCACAACACCGCGCACGAGCUGAUGCCGCCUCCGCCAAACCGCCCUUCUUCGUCACACAUGGACCCGGUCUUGCGCGAUAAUGAGGGCUUGACCGUUGCAAUGAGGAUCAUGGAGAACCGCAGUGAGAGCCAUGAGGUGUUCACCACCCAUCGGUCGCAGAGUAGUGGCCUCGAGCUCGAUGAUACCGGCAUCGAAGAGUCGGAAUUUAAUCCUGAUGGACCGGAGAUUUCGUCGUUGGACGUCGAUGACACCUGCUUCAGCGCGUUCUCCGAGAUGCCAGGUGUGGAUAUGACCAAGUUCGCUAUGUUGCGGAACAGCCCAACGAAGAAUGGCCUGCUCGACCAGGCCACCCCUCGCGUUCGUGCCCAAAUGACCCCAUCAACUGUCCGUCGGACCGAACGAACACCCUCUCCGACUCCGCGCCGCUCGCGCACGACGCGCAACGAGAAUGAUACCACCCAUCUACUUCUAGACUUCACGGCGCAAUUCGAGGCCUUCUCAAGCUCCCGCCGCGGAUCACCUUCGCGUGGACGUCAGUCUCCGACCAAAUCCACCACUGAACCAAAUCUUCUCUCCUUCUACCAAAACCAGCGCUCGCCCGUUAAAGGGGGAUCAACAUACGUCCCUGCUACUCCAGGCCAGAACCGCCAACUGCUCAAUCUUCUCGACUUUGAACUGCCUCCUCCGCCCACACCACGCUCCGUCCCAACUGUUACGAUCCGGGAACUCGAAUCCCUGAAAUCCACUUUCCAGUCUCAAAUUUCCUCACUUACCGCCAGCCUGUCUGGCAAAGAAGCCCAGGUAGAGUCUUUGGUCAAAGCAGUAUCCGACGCUGAGCGUCGCGUAGGUGAAUCGCACGAGACGCUCCGUGAAGAGCGCUCGGCUCGCGAAUAUGCCGAGUCACAGAUGGCGGACUGGAAGACGAAGGGGGAGGAAGUGCAGAAGCUGCUGCAGGACGUGCAGUCUGAACUAGCGCGCAACGACACCGAGCGCGAACAGCUCCUUGCACGACUUAACGAAGCCGAGAAGCGCGCUGAAGAAGCAGAGACUCGCUCAUCCGACCUCGAGACUAAACUCAUUGAAGCUGAGAGCAAGAACGUCGAUAUGACUACCCUAGUCAACCCAGAUGAGGAUGGACGAAAGAUCUACUCUGAAGCUGAGUGCCAGACCGCCAUUGGGGAGAAGGUCAACGAAGUUGCCCGAGACUUACAUUCUGCAUACAAAGCGAAGCACGAGAAGAAGAUCAAGGCCCUCAAAGACAACUACCAGAAGAAGGCGGAUGAGCGGUGCAAGGAGCUCCGCGUCCAGAUCAUUCGCUUAGAGCGCCAGGUUGAGGAAGCAGAGAAGAAACGCGACGACACCUUCAGCAAGGUCAUUCCCUCCGAUCUCUCCUCCAAGACCGAUGGCGGUAAAUGCGGAAAGUGUGGCAAAGACGCUUCUACUACUCCUACCUCCAAUCCCGAAGACUUCAAGCUGCUUGAGGCCCAGAAAUCCGAACUGGAAAACCUUAAGGCUAAGCUUGCAGGCCUACAAUCCGAACUCCAGUCCCUCCGCAAAUCCCACGAUAGCCUGUUGCAGGAUCUGGAGGCCGAGCGGGUUGAAAAGGGUGAGUUAGUUGCUGCUGCAGAACAAAUGCUCGCUCUCUGCGGCGAGAAGAUGGAGGAAAUGCAGCAGGAGGAGUUGCGCAAGUCGCAACUCGGCGGUGGGCCGCCCACGGCCCCGGCAUCCGAACAGGCAUUCCGUAGUACCGGAUUCCUUGCUGGCGGCGGUCCGGCGCGUCCCGGCUCGGCUCUAGGAGGUGGUAGGCCAGGGAGUGCGAUGGGCGAUCGAUUAGGCGCUAUGGGUGGUGAGAGGGGAAGUGGGAUUGCAAAGCCGUCAGGUCUGCGAGCUCCAGGCGGCUUUGGGUAUCAGGGCGCCCCGGGGCUCAACCGGAGCACGAGUGGGGGGAAGAGCAGGCUCUUGAGUAACAUUGAGAGGAUGGGCGGUGCGAGAGCGCAGGAGUAGAAUUCCUGUGCCGUUGAUGCACGGGAGAGACUGUAUAGGGGAAGGAAUGGUAGCUAGAUGAUGGAUUUGUGUAUAUGGCGUUGUGUAGGGAUGGUUUGGAUACGGAUGGAGUUGGGUUGGAGUUCAAGUUUGUUUGGAAGUUGUGUGUUGCCUUUCUUUCGGCAGGCUUGACGAGUUCAAAUGAGUUCAAAUGAGUUCAAAUAUUUUCAAAUGAGUAGUGAAGUGUACUACCAGUGGUGCCACUUCUCUGGAAAAAGAAGAGAGAGAAAAUUAAACCCGAAAUGCAAAAAAGAG